AUGAGGAAGUACCCGUGGGGACUUCAUUCCUUCAACAUGCUGGUGAGUUCCAUUAUCGAUGCUAGGAACAAAGUGAAGACGAAGAAGAGUUAUGUUAUAGAUGGAUUCUCCUAUGCACUUCAGAUUUGGGCGAUGGAGGCAAUUCCAGACAUUGGUACUCUUUUGGGUCAGAAACUUGAACAAGGAGUCAUGAGCAUGAUAUGCAGAAACUGGAAAGAAUCUUGUAGGAUUUCCUUUGAAGAUAUUAGUAGCCUUGAGUCCGAUUUUACCUCCACUGGAGUUUUGUUUCCAUCCAUCGCUUCCAACGGAACGUUCUCGGAUGUUAUUGUUCAAGCUGAGUUUGCACAAGCGGGUGAGAUGAAUGAUGAAAGAGUCGAUCUCAUCAUUGACAUGAACCCGAACAACUAUGAUUGGAGUAAGCAUGUAUGGGCUUAUCAUGAACCUCGACACUCAUACGUACCUAGUUCUGGUGAAGAAAAUACAGAAGCAGAAGAGGAUGUAGAAACAAGUGAGAAUGAAAUGGAAGAAGAAACAGAAUCUGCAGCUGCGCCUGUUGAAAGAAAGAGGAAAAAAAUUUCAAGGAAGAAGAGUUUACUCUCCCAAAGAUCAGUCGAGAAAUAUAGAGAGCUUGAAGAGGAAAUGAAGUCUUACAUUCAUGGCAUGUUUAAGUCGUCCUUCACUUCCUUAGCGCUUGAUAAUCCAGGUCUUUCACAUGGUCCUACUCCUACUGCUCCUGUUGGUGCUACGGCUUCAACUCACACUGCAACUGAUGAUCCGGCUGCCACUUUCACUACUCCUGGUCCAGCUCCGGCUUCGACUCCUGCUCCAGCUCCGGCUUCGACUCCUACUCCUUCUCGCAGCAGAGCUCCUGUUUCUUCACGCACUGGAGGUCAUCCUGAAACUGGUGGUCUUGCAAAUGCUGCCAAGAAAAGGUCGAAGUCAAAGGAUUCAAAUGUGUCUGAUAUUUUUGGGAGCUUAUUUGAGACCUUAGAUGCCAAUUUAGGGACCCAAGAGUACUUACAGAAGACUAUGGGCAACCUUACACAAGAGUCCCAUGUUUUAGGGUUUGAUCCUUAUUCAGACAUGAAAUCUAAAGUUAAAGAUGAGUUCACCAUUCCUAUGACUUCUUUCCCAAGAGAGGACUUUAAGCGUCCAUUCUUAGUUGAUAAUGACACACCAGAAGUCUGUUGCAAAGAUAGUGACUACGCAUUAGUUUUUGUUCCAGAUGACAAGUGGGAGAAACUAAAUGAAUG